AUGCAUUUCCUCUCCGAGUCCACCGUUCUGUUCGCCCUCGCUUCCUCCAUCUUCGCCGCGCCGCUGGCUGUCCGCACGCAGACCGAGGUCCAAAUCACCUUCCUGGGCGCCGCAGACGCGCAGUUCACCCAGAGCUUCCCCACCGAUGGCUCCACCGUCGCUAUCUCCAACCCCCUAAGCAUCUCGCACAUCGCCUCCAGCACCGCAGGCGUCACCUGCACCUUCAUCGGCAUCGACCACUCCAGCACGACCGUCAGCGGCGUAGCAACCGUGGACGUGGGCCCCCCUCAGACCCAGACCCAGGGCUCGUGCACUGCCGCGGGGGGUUCCACAACUCCUACCCCGGCCCCGGCCCCCGUUGAGCCCUCCACCCCCAGCACUCCCUCCGGAGGCCAGGGCUCAUCCGUCACAAUCACUUUCCAAGGCGCCGCGGACGCGCAAUUCUCUCAGUCGUUCCCGCUCGACGGCACCUCGACGGCCAUCACCAACCCGCUUAGCAUCUCGCACAUCGUCUCCAGCACGGGCAAUGUGCGCUGCACCUUCAACGGCAUCGACCACAGCGUCACCACCGUCAGUGGCGUGCAGACGAUUGAUGUCGGACCGCCCCAGACUCAGGUGAACGGGGCUUGCACUGCCGCUUAG